AGUAUUUUGCACCUCUCUCCGACGAGAAGGCCACGCCUGCCCCACAUUGGAGCGUAGACGUCGCGCUGGUUAAGUGAGGUGCCACGCUUGUCGAUAUACACAUACAUGUAUUGUUGUUACUUCUAUGUUCCUUGUGCGUUGCGGCUUUCACUCCCGAUUAUUUUCCGAGUUUCUCUGUUUUCUCGAGUUCUUUUCUCAUUCGCACGCCUAUUAUCCAUACUUCUACUGCUGACAGUUGUUUGACGUGACGCCGCGAUCCAUACAACACACAUUGUACUUUUUAUUUAUUCAUUUAUUUAGGCGUCAACUACUCUGCUGGAAGAAGUUUUUUUUCUGAGCAGAUAGCUUUUGGUUUUCGCUUCAGUGAUCUCAAUGAUCUACACUCUGGGCCUGGUGCUCUACGAGCCACCAGCUGAGAGGCCGUUGGGGGAGUGGGUCACCAACGUGGCGGUGCGCCGCGGACUCAAGGAGGACCUGGACGAGGUGCAGUGCAGCUGCGUGUCGGACAGCACAGAGGAAAGUGCACACGACAGCACGAGUAGCAGCCCUGGCGGCACCACCACCGCGCUUCAGGCGGUCACUGCGCACCUGGAGGCGGCGCUCGCCUCUAAGCAAGCGUCCGCCGCCGGCGUUGAUGCGUCGUCCUCCAUUCGACUGCUGUGCCUUGUCGUCGUGAUUUUCUGGGAUGGACAGGCGGAGAAGAGCAGGGCGAGUCUCACACAGCUGAAGCAGCUGAGCGACAAAAAAUGGUUGUCUGUCCAUGUGCCCGACUGGGGGGAGCAGGUCGAGGUGGUGGUGCAGGCCCUCAACGCGAAGAAAGGUGAGGCGAGUAUCAUGCUCAACGAAGCGGCGCUCGUCUCGAGUCUGCGCAAGAAACUGCAGACGUCCACGAUGGCCGCGAAAGGGUGGUGGAGAGAGGGUCAAGUGAAUCGCACACAUGCCGCAGCCGCGUCCAAUGCGCCGGCACAACACGCCGAUCCGGCUGCGUCUUCCUCCCUGUCCUCCACCUCCCAGCCGCCUCACGGCUCGAACGCAAACGCUGGCGCUGUCUUGGGCGAAAUCGAUCUCUCCGAGGCGGCGGUGCGCCGUGCUGUUGAGGACGGACAAGGGGAAUGCUUUUUCCUCCUCAGCGACCGUGAUCGACAAGGGCUGGCGGAGAAGGUGGAAAUGCUCCACAAGAGCUGCGCUGCCGCGGAACUGGGAUGUGCGCCGGUGAUGGCGGAGCCACGUGAGGUGCACCUCCCGCACGGCGGCACUGGCAACACCUCCGGUGCGAACAGCAGCAAUACGACGAGAGAAACAGCAGCGACGGCAGCAGCGUCCACAACGGCGAAAUCUUCUGCUUCUUCUUCCGCGGUCCUGUUUGCACAGGAGUUCCUGCUCCGUCGCAGCUGCCCACCGGCGGCACACCUGGAACUGCGGCUGGCGAUGUGCGGCAACGUUGACAGCGGAAAGAGCACGCUCACCUCCGUGCUCACGCGUGGGUGCCGCGACGACGGCCGCGGUCUCGCUCGCGCGUUCGUCUUCAACCACAAGCACGAGGCCAUGACGGGGCGCACCUCCAGCAUCAGCGAGAACCACCUCGGCUUUUCGGCCACGGGUGGGGUGGUGAACUACGCGCUGCUGCAGCCGCACCGGGCCGAUGCGGUGUUGCGGCCGUUGGCUCCAGCAGAGGUGGCGCGACAGCUCACUUCUGCCGUCACGCCGGCAUCGGCUGGCAGGUCAUCAUCAUCGUCGCCCGCAGCAGCAGCAGGCGCGACUGUCACUGCUGCCUCUGCCCACAUGACGCGCCCGUACACACCGCAGGAACUCGCGUCACGCAGCUCGAAGGUGGUGACCCUCUACGACCUGGCCGGACACGAGCGGUAUUUAAAAACCACCGUGCUCGGGAUGACGCGGAACAUGCCGGACUACGCCUGCAUCGUCAUCAGCGCCAACAACGGCAUUCAGCGCAUGACCAAAGAGCACCUGGCGCUGUGCCUGGCUCUGAAGCUGCCCUUCUUUAUUGUGGUUACCCGCAUCGAUGCGACGCCUCCGAACGUGCAUGAGGAGACCGUCGCGAGCAUCCACAAGCUGCUGAAGAUCCCGACGGUGCGAAAGCUGCCCUACCCGGUGCGCCGCCACGACGAGGUGAUUCUCGCUGCGAAGAACCUGCGCCACGACCGCAUCGCGCCCGUUUUUGAGGUGAGUAACGUCACCGGCAUUGGCAUUCCCGAAGUACUGCAGUUUAUUAAUCUGCUUCCUAUCCGCAAAGACUGGCGCCUCGCGCGUACGCAGCCGAAGGAGAUGAUCAUCGAUAGCACCUUCUUCGUGACGGGUGUCGGGACAGUGGUGGGCGGCAUCAUCACUCAAGGCGUUUUUCGCGUCAACGACACCGUGCUGUUGGGUCCGGACGGGUUUGGCCACUUUCGACCCGUGUCCAUCAAGUCGAUUCACAUCAAAGGCGUCGACUCGGUCGCCGCGGAGGCCGGCAACGACGCCGCGUUCUGCCUCAAAAAAGAGAAGCGCAGUGCGAUACGCAAGGGCAACAUCCUCGCCGACGCGGCCCACCCACCCACAUCGUUUUGGCAGUUCGAGGCGGAGAUUACCAUCUUGUACCACUCCACGACCAUCACGGCGAACUACGAGCCGGUGAUUCACUCGUCGACGGUGCGGCAAUCUGCGCGGAUCACCUACGUCGCGCAGGAGAUCCUGCGCACCGGCGACAAGUCCCUGGCUCGCUUCCACUUCCUGUACCGUCCCGAGUACAUGAAGGAGGGGCAGCGACUUAUCUUUCGCGAAGGGCGGACGAAGGGGAUCGGCACCGUGACGAAGCUCAUGAGUGAGCCGGACGAGCACAUUCUAGCCAAGAACAAACUGCGAAAAAAGAUGCAGGAAAAAGCGCAUGCCCCCGUCAUGGCCAGGUAG